AUGCCUAUGGCGAACGGAAUUGGCGCGGCCCAUAGAUUCGCCCUUCAGCUCUCUCAUCUCGGAGCCAGAUUCGCUUCGUCUGCUGCGGCCGUUGCUGCUGCUCCUGCUCCUGCUCCUAUCCCUGCCUCCGCCCCUGCUGCUGCGCCGAGAGAAUGGCUGGUGCUGUUUCCGGAUAUGCCCAAUGUGCUUGACCGUCGGCUCGAAAUUCGCCCCCGGCACUCGCCCAACUUUGUGCGUCUUCACAAGGAACAAUGGGUUACCUGGGCUGGGCCUAUCUUCGAGAAGCACACCUUUCCCGGAAACCCUCGCCGGCCCUUCAAGGGGUCCGUUAUGGUCGUCAACGAUGUGAGUAAGGAGCAGAUCUGGGAACGUCUGAAAAGUGAUCCCUACAUUCAGGAACGGAUCUGGGACCUGGAUAACGCUCGAGUGAUUCCCUUUGUCACAAAUAUGAGACGGACUCCUAAGAAGUAA